AUAAGUCAAAUAUAAUUUUGUUUUCAAUUUCGCGCCAUAAAAAACUGAUAUGAAUGCUAGCAAAACUGCGUUAUCGAUUUUCAAAUAGGAAAGAGUGGGGAUAGUGUAUGUCAUCCAUUUUCUAAACUGAAAUACUAAUUCGAGCUGUUUGUAUAUCGCAUCGUUUGUAAAUUCAUUUUUAUUUGCCUCGAUUGAAGAUGAAAGCCUCAAAAAAGAAAGAUGGUCAAUCUAAUAAGAAAGAUGUGAAUGGUAAUGGAUCGACCCCAACAAUUGAUACAUAUUUUAAAGCGGUUGCGAGACAAUUGGAUGUAAAUGUCGACGAAGAAAAAAACAUAACCGAUGAAACCGCUGUGCGAAAUAUUUAUAUUGACGCGUUGAAAAUGAAGUUACAAGGUUUGGCUGGACACGACGCGCAAGAAAUAAUUGAAGCAGAUCGAUGUGAUGCGGAAAGUGGCACCGAAGGCCAAAUUGCAGUGACGGCCGUUAAGUCAACUGCCAAAGAAACGCCCGCUGAUCUCCACAAAAGUGGAAAAGAUCCACAGUGUACUGGAUGCAAAGCAUGGCAACAAGAGUACGACAAUCUGCAGAAGUUAUGCUUGCGGUUAACGAUUCGUAACGCUGACAUGGACUUAAAAUUUGAAGAUCUGCUGAAAGUUAAAUCUGGAAAAAAUCAGAUGUUACCAGAUUCAAGCGACACUGCGGCUACGGAUGACAUUUUCUCAGCGAGAGAGCUAAAAUUCUUGGAGUGCAUGCCCUUAGAUAAGACAUCCGACUCGACGUUUGUUCACCAUUGCAUCCAGUACGCGUACAAAGACAAUCCGCUCAUCCUGGUCCAAAGAUCAUUAAAGGGAACAGCUGAGGUCAUACAUAUUGCAGAAAAUGGGGAAAUCGGCGAGAUAAUUCCAGGCAAAGAUCCGAUGACACCGGGAAAGGUUGAACAAAUCAGAAAUUUGUUCAUUCAGCGUGUAUCUAAAUGUCAGCUUGAUGCUGUUUCUUAUUCUGAGCGCAUCAAGGAUGCAUACCUUAACCGACUAAUAGCAUCUGGUGUGCGAAACAUUGCUAAAAAGAAAGGAAGUUCGUGACUUCGAUAUUGUUGCUGAAAAAACUUGUUUGAAUACAAAUUGAAUUGUGUCUGAAAAUCUGUGGUUUUCCU